AUGUUGAACCCAUUUAGAAUGUAUGUAGAAGAAAAUGAAGAAUCUUUUAUUAACAAUUUAUCCACAUUGUACAAAAAUAUAGUACAUAAAAAGGAAAAAAGACGGAUUCUUGUAAGUAAAUCUUCAAACUUCUCUGAUUCUUCUGUUUGUAAAGGUUAUGUUGAUGAUACUAGUGUUAUGCUUUAUAAAUAUGAGAGUGAUAAAAAUAUUUGCAUAUUGGAAAUACCAGCAAAUUUCUAUAAUUGUUUUAUUGGAAAAAAUGGUGUUAUGAAAAUAAAAAAUGAAAAAUUAUUUGAUAUACAAAUUACGAUAUUUUCUAGUAGCAAAAUUAUUGUUGAAGGAAAGGGAAGGAAAGAAUUUUCAAAAUAUGUACUUGAUAAAAUUUAUAAUUAUAUUUAA